UUCUCAGAAUUUUUGUGGCAUCCCUAUUUUUAGUUACAUUUUCCAAGCUGAAAUGAAAAUUGAGAAAGAGCCGUGUUUCGUAUAGUAAAGAAAUUCACAAUGGUUUCUAUGCAAUUUGUGUUGCAACCACUUCCGGGAACUGAUGAACAAUUCAUUGACAGAAUACGAGAAGUCUCUGAUAAAGUAAACCGCUUUGGUUCCGGUACUCAUCGGAUAUUUGAGCAAUUAAAAAUACCAGUAAGAGAAGUUGUCAUUGGACCUAACCAUAUUGGAGUGCUUCUAGAAGAUGGGAAAGCAUUUCGUGUAGCCUUUUCUAUAAAUUCGGAAAAGCUUGACUUGACUAAAUCUGACAACAAGUGUGCCCCAUCGGGUGGAGUCGCAGCAAGCAAUGCCCCGAAGGCGCCGUCGUCGUCACGGCCAAUGGCUCGGUCUCGAGCUCGACUUCUCAGAGCAACAGGAAGGACAAGCUCAAGUGGGCAAGGCUCUGGAUCCAGAAGUACAGGUGUAAUAAUUGGAGGUAGCUCAUCGAAUCGACCACUUGUGACAGUGCCAGCCACAUAUGUGCCUGAAGAACUUAUAUCGCAAGCGGAAGUCGUCCUUCAAGGAAAGAGCAGAAAUCUAAUUAUCCGAGAGCUUCAGCGCACAAAUCUUGAUGUUAAUUUAGCUGUUAACAAUUUGCUUUCACGUGAUGAUGAAGAGGCUGAAGAUACUGAAGAAGGAGGCGAUAAUUAUGUUCCUGAAGACCUAAUUUCAUUGUUGGACAAUGGGUUUUCCGGUGAUAAUAGCAGCGUUAUUAUUGAUCCCUCUGAUGGGCUUUUCUCCGAAGAAAUCUUCAGUAAUUAUUCUAGCAUAAGAAAUUUGCUUUUUGACCGUAUUCGUAGUGAACGGACUAACGCAAGCUCAAGCGGAACAGAUAAUAAUCAAUCUAAUCGGACAUCGGCAUCUUCUAGCGGCGUUAUAGCAGGAAGUAGCAAUCUUUCUGGCCAAAUAUCGUCCGCUAAUGCUGACCGUGAAGCAUUUAGUCGCUGGCGUGAUCGUCAGUAUUAUGGUCCACGUCGCUGGAUUAAUAAAGACGAUUAUACAUGGGAUAAAGAGACAGAUCCUAAAAAGAAAGAACCCUCUUCUAUGCCAUCACCAAUAUGGAUAUCUGAAGAGUGGCAGCCUUGGCCCGACAAAAACUCAGUUCGAUUUAAGACAAUUGGAGCUUUGUAUUCCGAAUUUAUUGCACUAUCGGAAAAUGGAGAAUUGCAUCAAUGGCGUUGGUCGGACUUGGAACCCUAUAAAUCUGAUGCGGAAAAUGUAUUUCAUCCCAAGACAGUGGCACUUGGCAUUACUGAAAAGGUCGAGCUUAUAUCAGCAAAUUUUAUUAGAUGCUCUGUAGUAACUGAAUCGAAUCGUGUUGCCACUUGGAUGGACGAACAGUUGGGAUAUCUGGGAGCAAAAUUGGAGCAUGUUGCAACAGCGUUCAAUGAGUUUAACAUCGAUCCUAUUUCAACAAUACACGUUUGCUCUCUAUACACCGCAGUUCGAACCGAUAAUAACAAUAUUUAUUGGUGGGGAGUAUUACCCUUUGAUCAGCGCCGAUAUCUGUGGGACAAGUUUCGGACAAAGACAAAAAAACCAUUCAAAAUGGUUGCGACAGAUAUAAACGUAGGCUCACAAGUGAUAAUGAAAAAAUGUCCCAUUUAUCAGACUGGAUCAAUUGGAUUUACUUGCACAAAUGGGGUUCCCAAAGUUGGACAGUUACUAAACUCUGUGUGGGAUUUUUCUGAUGUUUGCCGUAUGAAAAUUCUGAAUAUCGGUUCAACACUAGGAUCUUCAGAUAAGUGCCAGGUAACCGUGCCAAUAUCCAAUACUCAUGGAGGUAAUAUUGCUGAUAAAGACACCAUCUCAAAGGCACCACCUGUGCAAGCGACAACAUCUAGCAAGAGUGGGCAAAUUAGUUCAACUAGCAAGGAAUCGACUGAUCGUAUUGACAUGCCUCCACCACCAUCUCCAGCGUCUAGCACUUGCAGCGACACAGGAAGCGUUACGUCUCACAAACGCACCAAAAGAAUAACUGCGAAGGAUGAUGGCAAUAAUUCUCAAGAAGGCAGAAAAGACGAGGAACUGUGGCAACUGAAAGACGUUGUCUUCGUCGAGGACAAAGUUGGGCCCAUUGGAAAAGUCCUUAAAGUUGAUGGAGACUAUGUGGCAGUCCGUUUUCCACCAUUAAAUUGUGUCAAUAACGUAAACGUCAAUGUUGCCGCCGGUUUAGCAACCAAAGAUGAAGGGAAAGAGGAUGAUUGGCAAUCAUGUCGUCUUUUGCGACGCGAAGAUGUGCAAAUCUUUCGCUCUGCAGUAUCAUCACGUGGUCCAGAUUGGCUUCAAAAGCAACCAAAGAAAAUCAAUAUUGGUGCGGAUCUAUCAAGCGCACAGCUUCUAACAAUUGCAGUUGAUACGCGUGGCAUUCAUGCAAUCAAAAAAGUGUUUGGUAAAAUUCAUUACAGUCUGUAUAAUUUAUACAACAGCAAACAGGAACAAAACUGCCAAUUCCCCACAGAUUGUGCGUCAUUUAUUGGCGCCUCGGCAAAUAACAUUACAAUGGCUUGUAAUAACGAUUGUAAUGGAAACAGCAGCACAAUUGUGCUUAGGGAUGGUAACGGUGCACUUUAUCCAAUGGCGAAGGAUUGCAUUGGGUCCAUAAAAGAUCCUCAAUGGUUUGAUUUGCCGCCUGUUAAAUCCAUAACCAUGGCAACCAUAUCGCUUCCACCAUCAGCAUCUUGUAUCAAUCUCAAAUCAAAGGUCUGCAUGACUGCCUUGCUUUUUAUAACCCAAAAGCUAAUGCCACAUAUACUACGAUGUGAUAUUAAGAACUGUAUUGCUGUCCUAAAGCGUCUUGAACAAGAGGACCGCAAGGAGACCAUUGCUGUCGUUGAAGAACGCUGCGAUGGUAAUAGGAAUAUAUUCCAUGCCUGUGUAAUAAUGUGUGCACCAACCUCCAACAAGGAUUCACAGCAUUCACCAGAUCUAGCGAGCAGCACUAGUUCAGAAAAGAAACCACUUGCCUCGGGGGUUUCAUUGCCCCGUACUGGAGCAGGAGGAUCAUCGUUGUCGUAUGGCAGCGCAUUUGCUGGAGGCAAUGGAGGCAAUUUUAAUGAAAGUUCCAGCAGCUUUGCCACAGUCUCUGCUGGCAUAAAUUCACCGUCAACGUCCGCAUCUAUAACCAGGGAAAAUCGAAUAAGUCUGCGUGACAUGAUGCAUCGUCUAAUCAACACAGAACAAAACACGGAACAAAACCAUCAGGCAUCCACUAGUGCUGGUGAAGAUCACGCCUAUAUUCCAUUGCCCUGGACUGUUGAAUCAGGAACGGCUAGCAAUCUUAGUACUAAUGCAGCACAGAACACAACUGAUAUUGCUGAAGAUGAUGUGUCUAAAGUAUUACCAUCAACGUCCCAAAGCAUUAAUGUAUCCAACAGCAAAAUGGGUAAUCCAAAUUAUACAUUCGACGUAUUGCAACGGCGAGAACACGCCAUUCUGAUUCUUCAACACAUGUGCACCAGUGUUGCUAUGCGUAGUUAUUUAUAUCAGAUGCUAAGUGCCAAGGAUGCUCAGGGACAAACUCCGUUUAUGCUGGCAGUUUCAUGUCGAGCAUACGAGGCAGGAAUAAUACUUUUGAAUACAAUUCUCACAGUAUCCGAGCAAGACACGCAGCUUAAAGAUGCCAUGAUUUUCCCAAGCGGCUCACCAGCUGAUCAAUCGCCAUUGCAUGUUAUUUGUUACAACGACACGUGUUCUUUUACGUGGACUGGCGCGGAUCACAUAAAUCAAAACAUUUUCGAGUGCAAGACAUGCGGAUUAACUGGCUCCCUAUGCUGUUGCACCGAAUGUGCACGAGUCUGCCACAAAGGACACGACUGUAAACUGAAACGCACAGCGCCAACAGCAUAUUGUGAUUGUUGGGAGAAAUGCAAAUGUAAAGCACUGAUUGCUGGAAAUCUUACAAAGAGAUUUACGUUGCUAUGCAAACUUGUCUCUUGUACUGAUUUGGUCACAAAAUUCAACUCGAAGGGUGAAUCUAUAUUGCUAUUUCUCAUUCAGACUGUUGGUCGACAGAUCGUAGAGCAACGUCAGUAUCGAUUUAAUGUGAGGGUGCGCAAUGUUGGCAAUAAUACUGGAACUUCAAAUGGAAGCAAUACAGUAAUAACCAACCGGAAGUCUUCUUCUCUAGACAUUGACAAUGAUAUGCCAGACCAUGAUCUAGAGCCACCAAAAUUUGCAAGAAAAGCACUUGAACGUCUUUUAAUUGAUUGGCAAGCUGUACGUUCAAUGAUAAUGAGCGGCGCCGAAAGAACCGAAUCUAAUUUGCAAAAUAUCCAUGGCAAUACUAGUGAAAGCGCCAAUUCGGAAAAUUUCAAUGUUUUCAUGCAAUCUCAGCAUGGAUCUACACUGCUUGAUAAAUUUACACAUAACUUAAUUGUGAAAUGUACAAGUGAUCAUCUUGACACGCUCUUGCUGACUUUGGUGCGUGAACUGCAAAACUUUGUAGUUGAAGAUCGCCCUAGGGAGGCUGAAGAUGUUGCUCGACGUUUUGUACGCUCCGUGGCUCGUGUAUUUGUCAUUUUUAAUUUGGAGAAACAGCCAAAUCCUGAGAAACGUAAAAAUCACACAUCAUGCAACAAAUACGUUCAAAGCUGCGUUAAGGUAUUUCAAACACUGCAUAAAAUCUCUAUUGAGGAACUGUGUGAGGUGUCUGAGGCACUGAUUGCACCAGUAAGGCUUGGAGUGGUGCGACCCACAGCUCCGUUUGCCAUGUCCUCAUCAAACCUGGAUAAUUCUGACGAUUUGUUCAGCGUUGAGCCCUUAGCCCCAACCAAUGUUGAGUCCACCUCCGAGCAUAUUGUACACGAUGCAAUCAAUGUUCAGAAUUCAAGCUUCAGCGUACAACAAAACUAUGAUGUCGUUGCUAUGGACACCCUUAGAGACCCUUCAGAAUCGGAGGAGAUUCCCAAUCGAGAAAGCAACUUAAGUAGUCAUGACGAUGACUUAAUUGAGAACCAGCGAAAUGAAGAAGGAAUGCAAGAUGAUGAAAGUGAUAACGAUUUCACAUUUAAUGAUGCCGAAACUGAAUCAGACUCGGAUGACAACCAGAGUAAUCAAGAUGCACAACGAAGCGUUCAAACUGGUGCCACAGUUGGCUCGGAAACAGACAUUGGAGUUCUAUUUCUGGAAGACGAAUCUGGCGAUUCCUCUGCUCAAGAGGAAGAUGGAUCUGAAGAUGGCGAAUCCGACGACCAGUCUGAUGAAUUUAGUUUUAAUGAUCAACAGCUCGAGCGUCGCAACAUAAAUCCGAACUCACGCAACGAUCUCACUCCACAAACAAUGCAAUGGGCAAUCAGAAGCCGCGAUAACGCUCGACCAUCGGUUCGUGUACCAACUGGAUCCAAUCUUGUUUUUAUUGAUCCCAUGGCAUUACGCCGAACAACUGUGCCAGCCAGUACUGCUGUCAACACACCAUCAGCCGAGUCCCACACAAUGGCCACUACUGCCAGUAAUUUGGGUCGUGCUUUUGGCAUUACGAUUCGACAAAUUUCCGAGCUCUUAGGUAUUAUGUCAUACAAUAUGAUGAAUGAUAUUGAGACUUCACUCAAAAUACACGUUGAGGAAGCUGUUGCAGUUCAAGCGUUUGUUGAAAAGCGCUUAAAACCUACUUGGGAUUGGAUGUUUACAGUAAUGGACGGUACAGAGGCGCAGCUCAAAUUCGGUGCCUAUUUGACAAACUACACUGAUCCAACUCACCCUUUGCACCCGCUUAAUCUCAGUCAACAAGCUACCACAAGCCAAGCAUCAAUCCCAACUUCCACAACCGUGGGAGCUAAUGUGAUUGGCUCAAGUUCUCGACGAGAUUUCUUCACAUAUUGUCUUUCAUUAAUGCGUGCACACACAUCGGAGCAUCGGGAUGCGCUGCCAGUAUUAGAUAUAACUGCAUUGCGGCAUAUUGCCUACGUUCUUGAUGCCUUCGUUUUCUACAUGCGUAACGAUACUAGCUUUUACGAUAAAAGCGACUCUAUUUCUGGCCGUGUUAACAAUUUAUCAAAUAGUGUUGAAAACGAUGAUACCGACGACGAAUUAAGUAACAUUGAGGAUUCAAAUGCCGACAGACAGUGUUCAAAAAACUUAUAUUCGAAUGCUAACACGCGAAAGUAUGCAUUCUUUACUAGAUCAGACUCAACACUGAGCUUAGGUUGCUCGGCACCAGAUGGUUUUGAUUUGCCCCUUGAUAUGGCAAUGCCUCUAGCUGACAAACCGCACUUGCUACAACCGAAUUCAAAGCGACAAGAGCUCUUUGCCAAUCUACCAUUACAUGCAGUUCCUGCUUUAAAAAGCAAUACCAAAACCAACAUUUCCCAUCAAGGUUCCAUUGAUCAACCUCCCACCCGUUUGGGAUUCUCAAAUUUCAUGAAAAUCGAGACGCCAUUCAAUACUAAUACAGAAGAGGAACCUACUGUGUCGGAAACAAAUACGGAAGCGCUCGAACCAAAGAAGGGAAACGAAACUUAUAAGGACGAUGAUACUGCAGACUUGAAUAUUUACGUACAACUAAAGAAAAAACAGUGCUUAGACGAUACCAAGUCACAUGAAGGAAACAAAGAUAAUAAAUACGUUGAUGAGGACAUGGAUGGGGAGGAUGUGCACAUGACCGAUGAUACAGCCGGAUCCAGUAGAUCGGCAGAUCUUUUAAUAACUACUCGGCCUGAAGUUAUUAUCGCACCAACUAAGAGUCAAGCGCGUAGUGGCGUUCGGGAGGAUGUGGCACCUUUGCAUAGUUCCUUAUCAGUAUCAGCAGUUCGUAGCGUUAUCGUUCGAGCUGGAGCAUCCAGUUUAAAAUUAGAAUCCGAUGACAAUAACUUAUCCGAGUUGAGAAAUCGAUCAUCUUCCGCAUCUCAGAUGGCGCAACAACUUAAAUGUGAUAAUAGUCGUGAAAAGGUACCAAACCAAGCAAUGAUGUUUCCUAUUCGUGGAUCAUUGUUUUAUAAGAGCAGUUCUUCAGAACUGCCAUCAUGGAACUUUUUGUUAAGUCGCUGGAAGCUAGCACUUGAUCUCUUCGGAAGAGUUUUUAUGGACGAUGUUGGUAUGGAACACGGCUCUGUAUUGCCAGAAUUAAGAGGUUUUCCAGUUAAGGAAAUGCGCUUUAGACGCCAUAUGGAAAAGCUUCGAAACGGGCAACAGCGCGAUUUGGUGCUUUGUAAGCUUGAAAGAAAUCGUGAGAGUUUAAUAAUCCAAACGUUUAAGGAAUUAAAUGCCCAAUUCGGUACUCAAAAUCGUCGAGCUCAGCCGCCCAUUACAUUCAAUAGAGUUAAAGUGACAUUCAAAGAUGAGCCCGGUGAAGGAUCAGGUGUGGCGCGUAGUUUCUAUACAUCCAUAUCAGAAGCAUUAUUGGCGAGUGCUAAAUUGCCCAAUCUUGAUUCAGUGCAAGUGGGAGGUACACAAAGUAAAUACGGUGUGCCGUUUUCGAGCAUACUGCGCAGUAGAACCGUUUCUGGAUCUAGUCGCGAUCCGCCCACAUUGCAGAGGCGGGGCACAGGCAGCAAAAUAUUGUGGCGCACGGCUCGUGAGCGAAAAUCAUUAAAUGUCGAUGCUAGGCCCUAUACUCCUGCCAUCAAUGCAGAUAACACUGCGGAUAGCUCCAACGAUCAUUUGUCUGUCCACUUGCAACAGCUUGGAGAGCGACUCUAUCCCAAGAUCCACUCAAUAAACUCAACACACGCACCGAAGGUAACAGGCAUGCUUCUUGAGAUACCUACGCCCCAGCUUCUGUCUGUACUGUCUUCAGAUGAAACAUUGAGACAAAAAGUUAAUGAGGCCGUUGAGAUAAUCACUUUCAAGCAAAAGGCUGAAGUAAAUGUGCAAAGUCAACAGAAAAAAUCACCAGCUGCACUUGUUGAACCGAUUGAAGACGAUAAUGAACCACUAUUUUACUCGCCGGGUAAACGUGGCUUUUAUACUCCACGACAAGGACUGGCGACUUUUGAACGGAUUAACGCAUUUAGAAAUAUUGGCAGACUUAUUGGACUUUGCCUAUUGCAAAACGAAUUGCUCCCGUUGUUCCUUCAAAGACAUGUAUUGAAAUACAUGCUAGGGCGAAAAAUCAAAUUUCAUGAUCUGGCAUUCUUUGAUCCUGCUUUGUAUGAAUCAUUUAGGCAAAUCAUUCAAAAUGCUCCAACAAAAGAGGGGGAAGAGAAUAUUAAUCGAAUGGAGCUUAGCUUUGUAAUUGAUUUAAUGAAAGAGGAAGGUUGUGGUAACCGCGAGUUGAUCCCAGGAGGACGCGAUGUACCCGUAACCUCAAGUAACAUAUUCGAGUAUAUAAGACGUUAUACAGAGUAUAGGCUUAUUAAAUCGCAGGAGAAAGCGCUCGAGGCUUUAAAGGACGGUAUUUUUGACGUUCUACCGGACAAUUGCAUGAAUAGCUUAACUGCCGAAGAUCUACGAUUGCUCCUGAAUGGUGUCGGCGAUAUCAAUGUAUCCACUUUAAUAUCUUAUACGAAUUUUAAUGAUGAGUCAAGUGAAGGACCAGAUAAACUCUUAAAAUUUAAAAGAUGGUUUUGGAGCAUUGUGGAAAAAAUGAAUACGUUAGAACGCCAAGAUUUGGUAUAUUUCUGGACUGGAUCACCAGCAUUACCAGCUUCGGAGGAAGGGUUUCAACCUCUACCGUCUGUUACCAUACGACCAGCUGAUGAUUCACAUCUUCCUACUGCAAAUACUUGUAUAUCUCGUCUUUAUAUUCCCUUGUAUUCCAGCAAAUCAAUUUUACGGGGUAAAAUGCUGAUGGCCAUUAAAUCCAAAAACUUUGGAUUUGUUUGAAAAUCAAAAAAAAUUAACAACUUCUAGUUUAUGUUAAUAAUGCCGUACGUUUGCUUAUUACGAGUUUUUGUAAUUGAGAAAUUUGAAAUAUGACUAUUCCACAUUUGUAACCAACAACAUAUGUAUGUAUGUCCAUUCCUUAAUUUUUUAUUUUAUUUUUUUAAUAAUUAUUGCGCUAAUUCUGUUUUAAGAUCACAUCUAUGAAGAGAAAUAUAAGGUCAUUCCUGGAUACAGUUCUACUGGAUACAAAGCACUAGGGAAAUAUUAAAAAGAACAAAUAUUAACUUGUAGAUGUUAGGGCAAGUUUGCUUUUAAUUUUACAUUUAUUUUAUUAUAGGACAUGUAAUAAAAAAUAUAUAAAUAUGUAUAUUAACCAGGGAAUAAAACUUUAAUGGUAACCGUUAUCCAA